CUAAGAGACAAGAAACUAGGAUGAUAUCUGCUAUUGGGCCACCAAUGGCUGAAGUUUUGAGGGGUUUACAUGCACCACCAAAACAGAAUGUAACUAAAGCUCCUCUCAAGGCUGAUUCUCCCUUGAAGCCAAAUGCUACUAAUAAUCCAAUCUUUAACUCAUCUACUAAGUCUGGUGCUACUAGAAAUCCUCAACACUCAGCUUUUCCAAUGGCUACAAUGACUUCCAUGUCCACCGAUGCAUUUGGAACCUAUCCUAUCUCUGAACCACAUAUUAAUAAUCAACAAGCCAUGAACCGCUAUAACUCACUGGGUCAGGUUCCUUUAGAGCAGUAUGGUAAUGUGAUGAACUCUCCUUACUUGUGGCGCCAAGCACAGAACGAGAGAUACAACAUGCCAUCAUCAGCACCAUUUCAGCAACGUGGUGGUGGUAGUAACAUCAACACUUUGGCGCAUCAUGGUCAUAUGAUGAUGAGCUCUCCUCACACCUGGCCAGAACAGGACGGCACUUCCAUUUAUGAGUCUCUGAAUUCAGUGUUUGCUCCGUACAGAAACAGUACCUUGCCUCUGUCAGCUACCUCUAGUGUUCCUACUUAUCACGAUUCUGCUUACGGUGGUGGCAUGUUGAGUGGCAACUCAAGGUUUGGGUAUGAAGAUGUCUCAAGAAAUCAUUUGCCAUCAAACUCGAGUGGUAGUACCUCUACUAGUCCUUCCUCUCACGGUACUGAUUACGGUUUUGACAUGACGAGUGGUAACGCUGCGAACUCGAGGUUGGGGUAUGAAGAUAUCUCAAGACCUAUCUUGCCGUCAAGAACCUCUAGAGUUCCUUCAUCUCACGGUUCUGAUUACUACGGUCGUGACAUGUCGAGUGGUAAUGGUUCAAACUCGAGGUUGGGGUAUGAAGAUGUCUCAAGAAUUCACAUGCCAUCAAUUCAGGGUAGAAGCCUAUUUAAGUGGCGUGUGCAAGGAGAAGAUAGUUACAGAGCCAACCCGCCUCGUAGCCAACAGGAACGGGAGGCUUACUUUGAGAGAAUCGGAGCUGACUUAUUAGCAUCUUCUCCAGACCAAGAAUACAAUACACGUGUUCCAUCUGACCAAACCCAGCAACGGCCAAGAGACAAGUAGUGUAAAUCAACCAGCUCAGAACUGAUGACUUUCUUUCUAGUGUUUUAGCUUUCAUUAUAGGUACAGAAUAAUGCUUUUAGCCUUAGAAAAAAAAAAAAACUCAAAUAACGUUUGUCCUGUGGUUCGAUAUCUUGCCAUCAUUUUUGUACUUUCAAU